UCGUGUAAUAACAUGUGUUUUGUAAAAAUACCGCGAAAAAUUAAAUUGAAGAGAGCGGCGAUAAACAUGCAAUCAAGAGACAAUGCAUGUUUCGCAUGGUCAAUGGUGGCUGCUCUACAUCCAGCCGAGAGACAUGCAGAACGCGAAUCGUCGUAUCCACAUUACACGUCGGUGCUAAAUCUUACGGACAUUGAGUUUCCAAUGACGUUGGAUCAAAUUAAACGGUUUGAAAAUCACAACAACAUCUCCAUCAACGUGUACAGCAUCGAGAAAAAAAACAAGGAACUUGCAAUCCUACCAAUACGUGUUACUGACCGAAAGAUGGGCAGACACGUAAAUCUGCUGUACGUGCAUGACGACAACGUGGGACAUUUUGCAUGGAUUAAGAACCUAUCCCGCCUCGUGAGCUCGCAAAUCAAUCGACACCAUGGUUGGAAAUACUUUUGCGAUCGAUGUUUGCACUAUUUCUACACGAGCGAGAAAUUGGAAGCCCACACCGUCGACAGUCGGGAGAUGAACGACUGCGCGAUCAAGUUACCGAGCGAUAACGAUAAGUGGUUGGCCUUUAAGAAUCACAGCAGGCAUGCAUAAGAUCCAAAUAACACAAGAUGUACACCUUGUCCAAAACGAAAAUAGCUCUAAGUCCGUACGACAA